GUUUUUUUUUUUUUUUUGGUUUAUGUUAAUCCCAUCUCCCUCUUUCGAUUCUGGAUGUUGUUAACGAUUCAUGUUUGACGUAUAUAACUUUCAAAGCCAUAUAUAUCUCUCUAUGUACAAUCGGAUUAUAUAUAUUGUGUUAGUCUCAAGCACAGUAGAUAGAUUAGUUGUGUAGAUCUAGGGAAAGAGGUAGGUGGCAGAAAGCUGCAGAUGGUGAUGGAUGUUGGAGAAAGAGACGGAGAUGGCGAAGAUGGAGGCUGGGAGAAUAUUGGGGAAGAUAAUGGGACGAAAUCACCCACCGAUUUGGUGGAUGAAACGGUGAGUAUGAUUGAGUACGUGGCUCGAUUUGGGGAUUACCGAAGAGCCCAAAGGAAAGAAUGUUACAAUCUGGCUAGGCGCAUGAAGAUUCUGUUACCUUUCUUCGAUGAGAUUCGGCACCAUGGUUCCCCCAUCAGCCACAAUUGCGUCGCUUCUUUGUCUAGGUUGAAGAAAGCAAUCCGUUUGGCAAUGAAACUAUUGAAAACUUGCAAUGAGGGUAGCAAGAUCCACCUGGCAUUGGAGAGUGAGGCUAUAAUGAUCAAAUUUCAUAAUGCUUACGUAAAGUUAACCCAAGCUUUGGAAGAGUUGCCUUUCGAUGAACUUGAGGUAUCUGACGAAGUGAGGGAACAGAUUGAGCUGAUGCUGACUCAAUUAACCCGGGCCAAAAAGAGAACAGACACGCAAGAUAUAGAGCUUGCAGUAGAUCUAAUGGCGGUAUCCUCAAAAACGGAUGAAAGGAAUGCAGACAUAGCCAUAGUAGAAAGGCUAGCCAAAAAGCUUGACCUACAUACCGUUGAGGACUUGAAGAUAGAAACCAUAGCUGUAAAGAAACUUUCUAAAGAAAGAGGCAGCACUGCAGAAUCUAUACAGCAAAUCAUACAACUUCUCAACAAAUUCAAGCAGGUUUUAGGCAUGGAAAUUACCAAUGUUCUUGAUGAUACUGACACGCCUCAGAAGUUGUCCAAGUGCCACUCUUUGGUCAUCCCUCAUGAGUUCCUCUGCCCCAUCACACUUGAAAUCAUGAGAGAUCCUGUUAUUGUUGCCAGUGGACAGACAUUUGAAAGAGAGAGCAUCCAGAAGUGGUUUGAUUCUAACCAUCGCACAUGUCCGAAGACCAGGCAGACUCUAGCUCACUUGUCAGUAGCGCCUAAUUAUGCCCUGAAGAACCUGAUCACACAAUGGUGUGAGAAGAACAACUUUCAUCUCCCCAAGAAAGAGGAUCAAGCAUCUUCCAGGAAGUUCUUUGUUGAUCAUGAAGACGAAAUUUCAUGUCUGGUUGAACAACUAUCUUCCAGUCAAUUAGAAGUGCAGAGAAAAGCCGUAAAGAAUAUUCGUGUCCUUUCCAAGGAGAAUCCAGAGACCAGAGUUUUGAUUGCUAAACAUGGAGCCAUCCCACGAUUAGUAAAGCUAUUGUCCUAUCCAGAUUCUAAAAUCCAAGAGCAUGCUGUUACAGCUCUAUUGAAUUUAUCCAUAGACGAGUCUAAUAAGAGGCUCAUAACCGAUGAACACGCGAUACCAGCAAUCAUAGAGGUGUUGCAAAAUGGAAGUAUGGAAUCGAAAGAGAAUUCGGCAGCCGCUUUAUUUAGCUUGUCGAUGCUGGACGAGAACAAAGUGACGAUAGCUCUGGAAAACGGCAUUCCUCCGCUAGUAGAUUUGUUGCAGGACGGCACAAUUAGAGGUAAAAGAGAUGCUGUCACUGCACUGUUCAGCUUAUCUCUCAACCAAUUAAAUAAGGUGAGGGCUAUUGAAGCGGGCAUAGUCCCACCCUUAAUGCUGUUACUGGAGGACAAGAAACUGGGAAUGGUUGAUGAGGCCCUCUCCAUCCUCUUACUUCUUGCAACUCACGCAGAGGGGAGACACGAGAUGGGACAACUUUCAUUCAUUCAAACUCUGGUUGACAUCAUCAAAGAUGGAACCCCUAAGAACAAGGAGUGUGCAACCUCGGUUCUUCUUGAGUUGAGUUCAAAUAAUUAUUCACACAUUCUUGCUGCCCUUCAAUUUGGUGUAUAUGAGCAUUUAGUUGAGAUCGCUGAGAGUGGAACCAAUAGAGCUCAGAGGAAAGCAAAUGGCCUUUUACAGCUUAUGAGCAAGUCCGAACAAAUUCCAUAAUUCUUCUCAACAUUAUACAUACAUAUAUCAUCUAUAUAUGGAAAUCCCAAUAUCUCAAUUAGUUUAUUAUUCUUUUGCUUUCGUUUUCUUUUCUCUCUGGAUAGAGAUGAUCAUAUCUGUUCACUGAUAUUAGAGUAUACAUAUUCAACGUUUUAAUUUGUGGCCCUUAACUUAGGAGCAGUCUUUUACUUGUAUUGCAUGCAUAUACUUAUUUCUUGAGUCUUUUACAUGAUGAGCCACACUGGCCUUUCCUUAUUUUUAUCUUAAAUCUCCUAAUAAUUUGUAACUCUUAU